AUGGUUAGAAUGAUGGGUUGGGAAGCUCCAAAACUAGGGUUGAGGAAAGGCCCUUGGACUCCUCAAGAAGAUAAGCUGCUUACUGAAUAUGUUAACUUCCAUGGAGAAGGACGAUGGACUUCAGUAGCUAGGUUUGCAGGCUGGGAGUGGGAAGAAUGGUCUACAAUUGCAAGAUACUUGCCAGGGAGAACAGAUAAUGAGAUAAAGAACUAUUGGAGAACACAUUUAAAGAAGAAGAAGAAGUCUUCUGUGAAGCAAAAAAAAAGAAAAGCUCAGAUUCUAAAGCUAAAACAACAGAAACAGCAACAGGAAAAACCAGAAGAAGGGGGAGAUGAUGGCAAAGUAAAUAGUGAAGCAGUAGAGAUCAUUGAUCAAUCGGGGAUGGUUUCCGUGCACCCUAUACCAGAGGAUCAGUGCUUGUUUCAAGAGCCAGCUUCUUUUACUGCUAAUGCUGCUGGUUGGAUAGAUCAGUAUCUGGCAGAGGAAGGGUUAUGGGGUGGAUUGUGGAACCUAGAUGAUGAUCAUCAGCCUGGUAAUUGCUGCAACAAGACUGCCAUGCAAAACCAACCAAAUACAGCUUAUUAUAACUAUUUUGGAGAGGAUGGAGGUUCAUUGGGCUUGUGCAAGAGAUGUGGUGGUCUACAUGUGAUAGCAUGCUCGAGAUGCAGGGGAACUGGAUUAAUCAAAGCAAAUGGACCAUUAAGCUUUAACCUCAUCGAUAAUUUGUAUCGGUCCGAGGAAUUUAAGCUUGAAGAAACUAAUGCCAGAAACCAGUUUCCAGCAUCAUGGGAAGGUGGUGAGCAAAGUGUAUCAUUCAGUAACCAGCAGGCUCAAUAUAUGGGGUUAUAUCAGCCAUUGGAAUGCAACCCUACUUUGCAGAUAGGGCACUGCAAUCCUGUAGCUUCAGACCAGAAGGCUGCAACAAGUCAUGCUCAGCCAGUCAAUGGAUUUAUCCCUGAUGGAUGCUCUAAAUUUUUGGUUUCACCAAUAUGGUUAAAAUGA